GGCGUGUUGCGCUGUUCGUUCAAGGUCAAGCAUUUAGCUAGAGGAGCGAACUCCUUUCAGGUAUGUUUUGACUGUGGAGCAAAAAACCCUAGCUGGGCAAGCGUAACGUAUGGAGUUUUUCUCUGCAUUGAUUGUUCAGGGACCCAUCGAUCACUUGGUGUUCAUUUGAGUUUCAUUCGAUCUACAGAACUGGAUUCCAAUUGGUCUUGGUUUCAACUGAGAUGCAUGCAAGUUGGAGGAAAUGCAAAUGCCUCUGCUUUUUUCCAUCAACAUGGGUGCACAACAAAUGACACCAACGCAAAGUAUAACAGUCGUGGUGCUCAGCUUUAUAAGGAAAAGAUUAAAUCACUUGCAACGCAAGCAACAAGAAAGCAUGGUACUGAUCUGUGGACAGAUGGGUGUGGAAUGCCACCUGUGUCACCUCAGCACAAAGAGGAAGACUUUUUUGCAUCUCAUGUUUCUCCCAAGGCAAAGAACACAGAAUGGGGAUCAUCAGAGCCAGUUUCUCUGAAGCAGAAACCUUCAGAAGAUAUUCCAGAAUGCGACGAAGGUGGACCAGAGCAUGGACCAAGUGUUGAUUGCCUUAGUGCAUCACCAAAAGCUGCAUUAGAGAACACCACCUUCAUAAAAAAGAAGCCAAAUCAAGUUAAAAAGGGGCUUGGUGCCAAAAAAGGUGGUUUGGGGGCACAAAAAGUGAGCAGCCAAAGCUUUAAUGAGAUUGAAAAACAAGCGCAAGCUGUAGAUAAAAUGAAGGAACAUGAGGAUCUUCACAUCAGUAAGAGAACUGAGAAGGAAGAGCCACUUGUAUCAUCUUUACGAUUGGCCUACAGAGAGCUUGAUAUUAAAACAAAAGAAGAAAAAUUAAAUCUAUCUGAUAAGAAGAAGAAUGAAUUAGAGAGACUUGGCAUCGGAUUUGGCAGCAACAGAAGCGGCAUUUCCCACUCUGUCACCUCAGAUAUGCAAACAAUAGAACAGGAAACACCUACAAUUGCAAAACCAAAGAAAAAGUAUACUGAUGAUGUAGAAGACUCAUAUUUUUCUUCUUCUAGUUCAAGGUACUAUGAUUCUUCAGAUUUAAGGAGGAGCAGUUUCUCUAAAUGGGAUGACAAUCCAGAUUCUUUUUGGAAGACAGAAAGUAAUAAUAGAGAUGUGGAUGUAAUGUUAACUUCAAAAAGUUCAGGAUAUUCAGACAGGCCUGCAUCUCGUCGUAAGCCUGAAUAUGAGCCAUCGUUAAGCACAGAUGAGGCACAAAAAAAAUUUGGCAAUGUAAAAGCAAUUUCAUCAGACAUGUAUUUUGGAAGGCAAGAUCAUGCUGAUUAUGAAGCUAGAGCUCGACUAGAGAGACUUUCUGGAAGCUCCUCUAUAAGUUCAGCUGACUUGUUUGAAGAUCAGAAAAAACAACCAACAGGAAGCUACAACAUUACAAAUGUCUUGCCUUCAGCUCCUGAUAUGGCUCAGUUUAAACAAGGCGUGAAAUCAGUGGCUGGAAAACUUUCUGUACUUGCUAAUGGGGUCAUGACAUCUAUACAGGAUCGAUACAGUUCAUAACCUCUUGCAUAUCAACAUAAGUACACUAAAGAAGAAUUUAUCUUCCGAUAAACCAGUAAUCACACUGCUGAUUCACGUGAAGGUUGCCUUAAGAGUGUAGAUGCUUUUAAUUGUUCCAGAAUAUUUGUUUUUUCAUGUGACUUUCUGGCUCAGCCUCUUCUUCUGCUAUUUCAUCUUUACAGAGCAGAUAUCUUGUAGGAACUUGUUACAUCACGAAUGCUUUUUUCUUUUCCCUUACAGUGUUGUAUUUCCGUUAGUGGCCUCAAUGCUAUAUGUUGGAAGUCUUAUUUUAUUAUUGUUUUUGGCCUUGAGACAGGAAGAGAAAGAAAGAUGGACAUGUACACUAAAAUGAGACUUUCUGACAGAAACCUCUGUGGAGCUGCAUCCUUCCUUAGUUGCCAGACAUAGCUUGUCUUCUGAUUUUCUUAUGAGCUAUGGAGAGGAAAAUUUAAAUCAAGCAUAUACUGAGAUGGUAUUUAGUGGACUGUAGCAAAAUAUAGAAUUGAGUUUAACCUGUGCUUGUCAGAAAGUAGAAGCUCUUGUGGUUCAUAAAUUGAUGUGCAUUAAAAUGAUGGCGAAAUACUGCUUUAAAACAAUAUUCCUGGUACAAAAUGUUAUGCUUAGAUGUGAAGUUAGGAAGGAGAUAAAAGACGCCUGGUAUAUUAAAUAAUGGAUUUCAUUUUGUCACGGGAACAAUCUAUUUAUUCCUAAUUUUGAACAUUAUGAAAAAUUGCAAUAUAGAAUCCUUAAGUGCUUUUAAACAAUCUGUAUUGUGUACAAAAUGAAAAAAUAUAUAAAGGGCCUAAGAGUAGUUAAUAAAGUGUUUGUUAAGAAUUUUUAGAACAAUCUUAUUUUUUUGAUGAAUUAUGAAGUAUUAAAGGAGGAAAUAUAGUGGGACUGUGUUUUAGACAGUCGAGAACUUAUUGUUGAUGACAUCUUGUAUAAAAAAAAAAUUGUAACCCUAAAAACCCACAAUGAAAAAUGAACUUCAGCUAAUUCUGUUCUGUAACUUUAUUUCUUAAUUGAAAUUUGUAAACUGCUGAUAUCUAAUAAAAACAAUUGAUAUAAACUGA